AUGUCUCUUGAUGGAUUUAGAAUUCCAUUACAAGAACAAAAGUUGGAAAUUAAUACACCUUUUCAUAGAAAUGUUAAUCCAAAGAUAACAACACCACCUGAAUCAUCAUUUAUGACCAAGAACUAUUCUAAUAUGGGUUAUCAAAACAAUUUAAUGGAUGAAAAUGAUAAUAUUGAUACUAGUUUAAGUAUUGAAACACCUAUAAAACAUUAUGAUAUCAAUAGAAACUUACUUUUAUCACCAGCGUUUUCAUCACCACAAAAUUCUUCAUUCAUGAAUAAUUCAAAUAAUCAUCCUUAUUAUGAUGGUAAUCAAGCUCAAGUAAAUUCACAAGUUCCUUUACCACCAAAACAAAAUCAUAUUAGUCUUCAACAACAUGCUUCUAACCAAGUGAACUAUCAGAGUAAUUAUGGUAUUGGAGUUUCAGAAAUUGAAAAGAAGCGUAAGAAAUCCAAACAAAAGAAAGCUUUUGAUUUUCAAUCAAGUGAUAAACCUCCUUAUAGUUAUGCUACAUUAAUUGGAUUAUCUAUUUUAUCUCAUCCUGAUAAAAGAUUAACUUUAUCAUCGAUUUAUUCAUGGAUUUCUGAUACUUUUAAAUAUUAUAAACGUGAAGAUGUUGGUUGGCAAAAUUCAAUUCGUCAUAAUUUAUCAUUAAAUAAAGCUUUCAUCAAAGGAGAAAAAUCUAAGGAUGGUAAAGGACAUUUUUGGUGUAUUCAAACAGGAUUUGAAGAUCAAUUUUUGAAAUCAAGAAAUAGUAAAAAUGGUAGUUAUCAUGAAAUUAUGGAACAAAUUAAUCAAAAUUCUAGAAAAAGAUCAAUAAAUUCAAUUCCUUCAUCACCAAAUUAUUAUGAUGAAUCAAUGAGUAGAAAUGAUGAAUCAAUGAAUAGUCAAAUUACUGAUGCUGAUCAAGAACCAUCUGACCAAAAAUAUUAUGAAUCAAAUGAAGGUAAUGAAGAAGAAUAUUCUAAUAAACGUCAAAAAUUAGAAGGUUUAGGUGCACCAUUUGUUAAUUCAACUCCAAAACAAUCCCAAGGUAAUUUUGAAACUAUGAAAUCCGUACCUUUUGAUAUGAUAAAUAGUACACCAAAAUUAAUUAUAAGUGAAUCUCCAAAUAAGCCAUUUGUUGCUGGUAAAAAUUUGACUUUUACUUCUUCAUUCAGUUGUAAUUCCAAUUUAGAAUUAAGUCCAAUUAGACCCAAUGAAACCGGUCCAUUAUUAGAACCUUUAACUCCAGGAAAAAUUUAUAAAUCAGGAGCUGUUAAUCAUCAUUUAUCCAUAAAUUAUCAAAAUCUUUAUUCGUCACAAAAAGUUGAAAAGACCAAUAUUAAUUUAAAUACUAUUGCGUCAGCUACUAUGACAAACCAUAUUCAUAAUUAUAAUGUACCUCAUGGCCAUCAAAGAACUAAUUCUGCUAACCAAUCAUUGAAUCAUUUAAGAACUCCUAAGAAUAAUAUCAAAACUCCAAUUAGAAUUUUAAAGACACCUAAUAACUCAACAAAGAAAUUUUGGAAUUCUCCUAAUUACUUGGAUGAUUUUUAUUAUUCUCCUUUAAUAACAAGUAAUUCAGCUUUACAUUCUUAUGAUGAUGACGAUAUGAUUUUAAGAGCUUUUGAAAGUCCUGCCAAUAACAAGAAAUCUCUUGAAAGGUUUUCAAAACCAUGA